GACAUGGACACGUAUCCUAUCUCGACGGAGUUGCAAGACCGCUGUGUGAACAUGAUCGCCCGCCUUGUUAACGCUCCCAUCAAGGACGGCGAGCCCGCCAUUGGCGCUGGGUGYAUCGGGUCCUCGGAGGCGAUUAUGCUCGCCGGGUUGGCGUUCAAGAGGAAGUGGCAGAACAAGCGCAAGGAACAGGGACUGCCGUACGACAAGCCCAACAUCGUGACGGGGGCGAAUGUGCAAGUGUGCUGGGAGAAGUUUGCGCGGUACUUCGAGGUGGAGCUGAGGGAGGUGAAGCUGAGAGAAGGCUAUUACAUCAUGGACCCGGUGAAGGCCGUGGAGCUGGUCGAUGAGAACACCAUCUGCGUUGCCGGCAUUCUCGGCAGCACCUACAACGGCGAGUUCGAGGACAUCAAGUUGCUGAACGACCUCUUGGUGGAGAAGAACGCGCAGACCGGAUGGGACACGCCCAUCCACGUCGACGGCGCCAGCGGCGGUUUCAUCGCCCCGUUCAUUUACCCGGACCUGGAGUGGGAUUUCCGUCUGCCUCUCGUGAAGAGCAUCAACCUCAGCGGGCACAAGUACGGGCUCGUGUACGCUGGUGUAGGGUGGGUUGUGUGGAGGAGCAAGGAGGAUCUGCCCGAGGAGCUCAUCUUCCAUGUCAAUUACCUUGGCACCGAUCAGCCGACUUUCACUCUCAACUUCUCCAAGGGCGCCAGCCAUCUCAUUGCGCAGUAUUAUCAGUUCAUYCGCCUCGGUCAUAACGGAUACAAGCGCGUGAUGCAAAACUGCAGAGAGAAUGCCUUGUACCUGCGCGAUUCCGUCGAGGCGACGGGGUAUUUCAACAUCCUGUCGAAGAGAGAAGGUGUUCCUCUCCUCGCGUUCUCGCUGAAAGACAGAAGCCAGUUUGACGAGUAUGACGUGGCGGAUAAUCUGAAGAGAUUCGGAUGGAUUCUGCCAGCCUACACGAUGGCGCCGGACGCUCAGCACGUGACGCUCCUCCGUGCUGUGGUGCGAGAGGACUUCAGCAGAACCCUGGCUGAUCGGCUUGUGCGUGACAUCAUCCGCACCAUUGAUUACCUCGAACACCGUGCUGCUAAAUCUACAUCGCUCGUUCCAAUCAAGCCUCUCUCCGCUGCGGAAAACGUGAACAGGAUUGGCCACGAUUUUCUCCGACGACUAAGGGAGAGUGCAGCAAAGGCGAAGUCGCAGGGUGUCUGCUAGUCCGCCACCACCUCUACUCCUCUCUCUCUCUCUCUCUCUCUCUCUCUCUCUCUCUCUCUCUCUCUCUCUCUCGCGGUUGGUCUUCACGCCGUGGUGGAUGAUUACAGUCUCUGUUGUUGGGAUUCGAUCACCUCUCUCUCCCAGCGUUAGCGUGUGUGUUCUCUCCGAUUUUCGGCUCUCUCAUUACGCUAUUCGGCUUCCUGUCGCCUUACCCCACUCUCUCACUACCCCUUUCCUCUGUUCCUCGUCUCCGGCACCACCACCUCCACUUCUCUCUCUCUCUCUCUCUCUCUCUCUCUCUCUCUCUGUGGAUCACCUCUCUCUCCCACCGUCAGCGUGUCUGCUCUCUCCGAUUUUCGGCUCUCUCAUUACGCUAUUCGGGUUCCUCAACUUCCUCUCUCCUUCCCCCACUCUCUCACUACUCCUUUCCUUUGUUCCUCGUCUACGGGACCACCACCUCCACUCGUCUCUCUCUCUCUCUCUCUCUCUCUCUCUCUCUCUCUCUGUCUCGCUAUUUGGUUUACGCGCUCCUUCCCCCAGUCUCUCAUUACCGCUUUCCAUUGUUCCUCGUUUUCGGGACCAUCACCUCCACUCAUCUCUCUCUCUCUCUCUCUCUCUCUCUCUCUCUCUCUCUUUGUGUAUCCCACUCUCUCUCCGCUCUUGUCUCUCUGUCUCUCCCUCCUCGCCGUUGAUCUCCACGCGGUGAUGGAUUAUCUUCACUCUCAGGAAGGAAGAACUCUCUUUCCCAUCAUCAUUUUGUGUCUGCUCUGCCCGAUUUUCUCUCUCCUUCUCUCUCUGUCUCUCCCUCCUCGNUCUGCUCUGCCCGAUUUUCUCUCUCCUUCUCUCUCUGUCUCUCCCUCCUCGCCGUUGGUCUCCACGCGGUGAUGCAUUAUCUCCACUCUCAGGAACGAAGAACUCUUUCUCCCAUCAUCAUUGUGUCCGCUCUGCCCUAUUUUCGGCACUAACCCUUCUCCACUAGAUUGAACGCUCUCCUACCCCCACAAUGCCCACAUUUUCGGUGUCGCUUUUCUGCGUUUCUUGGUUCUGGUUUCGCUUUCGUUGGUUUUUCCUUAGUCGUAUUUAACUGCUUUUUCUUUUUCUUCUUUUUUUUAAUCACAGCUCACGUUCUUAACUACUUUAUGUUCCACAGUACUCGAUCUAAUCCCGUUGUCUCCAGCAAGUGUAUUGUGUUUUGGAAGACAAUCUGUCUCUUCGGCUGCAGCAAAUAGUUCAUGUUUGGGAUAGCUUCUUAAUAAGCUGCUUCUGUUCAGGAGGCGUUUGCUCCUUGGCCUUCAGGAGGGGAUAGCUAGCUCUCUGUAGCUCGGCUCACACUGUUGUUGAUAAUUUGUAGAUGAUCUGCUCACACCCAGUUGUUGUUGGGGGAGGGGGGGGGGGAGGGGAUUACGGCCCGCCGUGACCCUUUUUUCUCUUGGUAUUUGCGAUGGGUUCCCAAUAAGCUUCUUAUUCUGGAGGGGUUGCUUCAUGCUCGUUACGGGGCGUGGACAAAAGAAGCUUUCUAGCUCUUUGUUUUUUUUUUUCUUUUUUUUUUAUUUAUAAAUAAGCUUUGUAUUUCGGGUGGCACCUUUGCUGAUAGCUCGUGGAUGCUCUCUGCUUACACACAGCUGUUGGGAGGGGAGGGGAUUACGCUCUGCCGUGGCCUGUCUUUCCCUCACGUUAUUUGACACGUGUUCCUAAUAAACCGUGACCUUACUCCUGAGGCGUUGCUCCUUUGUCGUCCGUUACUUCAAUUCUCUCCCAUUUCAUCUCCCUACUGCCAUACUCCCUUUUCUCUUCCACGGGUGAGGUGCUUGCUGUUGUUCUCUACGCCGUCUUCUUCGCUGAAAACCAUAUCCCGCUGCUGUCUCUGUCGCUGUAGUCGUUUCGAAUGACCGGUUUAUCCGCUAAUAUGUUUUCGA